CGCUCCUGCCGCCGCCGCCGCCGCCUCCUCAUUCAUCCUCGUGCACCAUAGGCGGCACAGGCACCAAGAUGUCCAACCGAGUGGUCUGCCGGGAAGCCAGUCACGCCGGGAGCUGGUACACAGCCUCAGGACCGCAGCUGAAUGCACAGCUUGAAGGUUGGCUUUCACAAGUACAAUCUACAAAAAGACCUGCUAGAGCCAUUAUUGCACCCCAUGCAGGAUAUACAUACUGUGGGUCUUGUGCUGCUCAUGCUUACAAACAAGUGGAUCCAUCUAUUACCCGGAGAAUUUUCAUCCUUGGGCCUUCUCAUCAUGUGCCCCUUUCUCGAUGUGCACUUUCCAGUGUGGAUAUAUAUAGGACACCUCUGUAUGACCUUCGUAUUGACCAAAAGAUUUACGGAGAACUGUGGAAGACAGGAAUGUUUGAACGCAUGUCUCUGCAGACAGAUGAAGAUGAACACAGUAUUGAAAUGCAUUUGCCUUAUACAGCUAAAGCCAUGGAAAGCCAUAAGGAUGAGUUUACCAUUAUUCCUGUACUGGUUGGAGCUCUGAGUGAGUCAAAAGAACAGGAAUUCGGAAAACUCUUCAGUAAAUAUCUAGCGGAUCCUAGUAAUCUCUUUGUGGUUUCUUCUGAUUUCUGCCAUUGGGGUCAAAGGUUCCGUUACAGUUACUAUGAUGAAUCCCAGGGGGAGAUUUAUAGAUCCAUUGAACAUCUAGAUAAAAUGGGUAUGAGUAUUAUAGAACAAUUAGACCCUGUAUCUUUUAGCAAUUAUUUGAAGAAAUACCAUAAUACUAUAUGUGGAAGACAUCCCAUUGGGGUGUUGUUAAAUGCUAUCACAGAGCUGCAGAAGAAUGGAAUGAAUAUGAGCUUUUCCUUUUUGAAUUAUGCCCAGUCAAGCCAGUGUAGAAACUGGCAAGACAGUUCAGUGAGUUAUGCAGCUGGAGCACUCACGGUUCACUGAAGCUCUGAAUCCUCAGGGAUGCCACCUGCACAUACUCAUACUCUGUCCAGGGUCCCAGCCUAACCCUUACCAAGACACUGGUCCUGGUUUGGGAGGGAUUCUGAAACCUCAAACUAAUAGAACUUUCUUCUCUUCUUUUCUAGUAGGUGUAGUCCUUCCUUAAUUUCAACUCAUUAAAAAAUGCUUUAUAGUUUAGAGCAGUGGAAGGAAGGCUGGCAUCAAAAUAUUUUGAUCAAAAAAAAACAAAAAAAAGGCAAUGUAAAGGCCCAGUUGUGGCAGUCAGUUUUUUGAAAGUAACUUGUAAAGCAUUUACCAUAUUCUAAAUUUGCACUCUUUGCAGACUUGUGCACAUAUAUUCCGCUUUCAGAAUAGUUUUGCAAAUUGUACACAAACAAAAAGGGUGGAAGCUUUUUAAUAAAGAAAUUGCAUUUAUAAAUGAUCUGUAUUAGAAUAUAAUAAAUCUCCAGUUAUAGUCAAUUACUACCCGUGUUGUACAACAGAUACCUUCUAUUUUAGUUGCUAAUAAAGGGCUACACAACUCAAAAUAGUCUGAUUUAAACUUAUUGCUCUGUGGUACAUAUGAAAAUUGUUUUUUAUUAAUUCCAUUUCAGAAUUUUUAUGUUAAAAGUGGUAAACUUAAGUUCUUAUGUAAAAAUAUGUUAGGAUGUAUUUUGUAUUUUACAUAUUUAUGUGAUUUUUUUAUCACAGUUAUUAGAUUCAUUUUAAAGUUAGCUUAUAAUAUUACAUAGUUUGCCUUUUUGUGUGUGACAUCACUUUGUGUCAUUACUACAUUAUAAUACAAUAUAAAUUCAAGAUUGGUAAAAGAACAUAGAUGUACUUCUAUAAUUCAGAGAUUGUGUUUGAUAGGCAGUAGUCUGCAAAUGAGGAAACAUUAAAGAAUAUUCUUAGUGUUUUUCAAAUCAUUGCAGACCAUACACUGCUGCUAUGCUUUUUUAGUGCUUCAAGCAAUUUGACUCUCUUACUUGAAUUUUUAGCAAGAAAUCAUUAACAACAAAAAAAACCACUGGAUUUUCUUAUAGUUCUACAAUUUUUUUGUCAUGAUUUCUGGUGCGGCUCUUCCAACUAAAAUAAUGGUAUGGUGUUGUAUUUCUUUCUUUAGCUUGGAUCAGUUCUAGGCAUUUUUGUAAAAAAAAAAAAAAAACCAAAAACAAAAGGUAAUUCAGUUAGCUGAUUAUUGGCCAUCAUGUAUGUACUAGAUUAUACCUAUUUAAUCUAACACUGGGUAUUUAUAUUACAUUGGAGAGCUUUUAUAUCUUCAGUGUUAUGCCAGAAUAGCACAAUUUUUAGAUGCCUUGCACCAAAUUUAUUUAAAGAGUUACAUUUCUUAUUUACUAAAUACCAACUUUCUAUACUCAAGAAUUGAGAUAAAAUAAUGUAAUCUUUUGGAUUCAGAAUUACCCACCUAUACAUGUGUGGAAAUUAUAUUCUUACGUAUUAGUGAUUUAUUUCCCAUAAUUCAGAUAUACUUUUGAGUACUGUAAAUAUUUAUUCCUUAUUUAUUAUAUAGACUAUAAAAAUUUCAAAAUUGACUACAGAGUGAAUUUUUAAUGUUUUCUGGAUAGAAAACUAAUACAUGAUUACUAUAGAAAAUUUAGAGAAUACCGAAAAGUAUAAAGAAGAGAAAGAAAAAUCUGCAAUCUCACUAUCCAGAGAUAACACUGUUAAUAUUUUUUGUAUUUUCUUUCAACUUUUGUCUAUGCUGUUUAUAUGUAUGAAUGUGUAUAUGUGUUUGUGUGUGUGCAUAAUGACAAAGUUGAGAUUAUACUGACCUUAUAGUUGUAUACCCUACUUUUAUAACUUACCGUCAUAAGUAUUUCUCCAUGUCUUUGAAAAUGUGAUUUUAAAAAAAUGGCUGCCUAAUAUUCUAUUGUAUGAAUAUACUAUAAUUGAACCAGUUCUCUCUUCGGAUAUUAGAUUGUUUCUAAUAUUUCAUAAUUAUAAGUAAUAGUGGGAUGGACAUCUUUGUAUGUGAAAUUUGAAUUCUAUAUUAGACUAGUUCUUUAGGAUAUAUUCAUGGGAAUGGGAUAAUUGGUUUAGGUGAAGAGACCUUUUUAAGCUCCUUACAAAAUGACCAAGUUACCCUUCAGAAAGAUUGUACCAAAUUAGCAAUAUAUGAGUACUCAUUAUACUGCCCCGUCUCCACCACUGAGUAUCAUUUUUUCUAAUCUUUGACAAUUUGUUAAGCAAAUAAUUGGUUGUUCUUUUGAUCAUUCUAAUAAGAGUGGCUUUACAAUCAAUUAUAUAUAUAUUUUUUCCCUUCUGUAAUUUUAUAGUUGAUUGAUUAAUAAAAAAUACAAGAGGUUUGCUUAGGUUGAGGGAGGGCUGUAGCCCUUUGAGUAUGUUUACUGUACAUUUAAAACUAAAAUAUUUCAACAUCACUCCACCCUUUCCUGGAGUUUGAGCAUAUCUUUCAAACUCAGUCAUAAAAUAGAAAGAAUUCCAAACUGAUAGUUAGGUGUUGGGUUCUGUUUCUGCCUCUGCCACUAAUUAGCUGUCUCACCACACACAUUUCAUGUUGUAUUGAAACUUUUAACUGUAAGAUAUGGAGGUGAUCUCUUAAGCACUUUGCAGUUUCAGAGAACUUCAAUGUUGUGACUUUGCUCUUUAAAGAUUCUGAUGUCACUUAUGUUUGAAAACUGUGUGAUUGAAUUAGAAGUAUUAUCUUUUAAUUUCGACUCUACAUACAUGAAAAUGAACGUACUUUUUUUUAACACAAAAGGGAAGUUAAUUUGCGUUACUUAAUGCAGUUAAUAUUACCUAAAUUGUUGAACUUAAGCUUUCCUACUUUAAGUGCCUUUAAAAGUGUUUUUAUUUGAAAUAUAAAAUGUAAAGGAAAUUUUUGUGUAGUUCUAUACAGUUUCUUUUUUAUUAUAUACUUUUGAGUUAUUUACAGCACUUUUUUUAAGCCUUAGAGUGUGCAGAGCAGUAUAUUCAUGGAUUCUUCACUGUUCUACUAAUGAGUCCUUGGGAAAUGUAUGUAAAAGUUAGCUCAGUGAGCAGGUAAGUAAAUGCUCUCUGUCUUGGGUGGGCAAUAAAUCUUUAUACAGAAUAGGGUAAAGGACAUUCAGAUUCCAGUGUUUAUAUUUAGCUAUUCCAGUAGAGACAGUAGGUGUCCUGAGUUAGUUAAUGGUUAUUGUUGCAAAUCUCAAAUUUUUCUUUGGUUCAUUACCCUAGAUUAGUGUUUUUGUGUAAAGGGCCACAUAGUAAAUAUUUUGGGUUUUGCAGGCCAUAUGGUCUCUUCCCAACUAUACACCUUUGCUAUUGUAACAUAAAAGCAGCCGUAGACAAUGUAUAAAUGAGUGAGUGUGGCUGUGUUUCUCUCAGACUUUAUUUACACAAAAUGAUGGUGAAUUGGAUUUGGUCCACAGGCCAUUAUUUGUUGUCCCUUGUCCUAUAGUUCACUUGUAGUUCAAAUUACUGGCUAGUGACUGCAACAAAUGGUUGUAAGUUUCUGCCAUUCCAGGUCUCUCUUAAUUUGAUACAGUCUGGUUAGUUGGGUUUGAGUGUUAUUUAGGAUUAUAAAGGUAAGUAAGAAGUGGGUAAGGGAAACUAGGAACUCUUAGGAACUAGUGUUAAGGCACUCUGAAGCUCUUUUAUUUGCUGGAGCCCAUUAGGAGGUUGGCUUUGCUGCCAGAAAUUAAUCGAAAAAGUGAUGAGUGGAGUUUGUGAUUGAUUACCAAAAACUGUAUAAAUUAUUCUAAACACUUGGCUACUUAGAUGGUAAUAGAGGAUGAAACAGAUGAAAGCCUUUUUACCUGAGUACCCUAGGAUGCUAGACCAAACUUAAGAAAGAUUGUGAAAUGUGAGACUUUAUUUUGCCAUAUAAAGAAAGACUUUUGGGGAAAAAAACUACCAUUUACUAUCACCAUUGCUUUAAGACCCUCUCAAACUGGCCCAAUAUUUAGGAAGGACAAAAGCUCAGAAUAAAAGAGAGUUCUUUAAUUUGAAUAACUUUAAACUGGAUGUGAAAAUCACUAUUUUUUUUUCUCAUUUACUUUGAAUCACUGAAAACAUCAUUAAGGAGCAGUAUUGAUCCAUAGACUGACUAGAGUUGGAGAAGUGCCGUGAUACAGUUGCUGACAGACCUAAUGUUAUAAAAAUUAUUAUUCAUUAGGGGAUGUAAUAAACCACAUGCACUCUGAUAUUCAGAGUACAACUUUAUAUUAUUGUGUUAAAUUGCAAGUGCUACAUAUCAAGAGGGACAUUAUGAACUAUUAGUGUUCAUAGGGAGUCAGCUAGGAUGCUGAAAGGCCUGAGUGCUGCGGAGAGUAGGAUGCAAAGAAAUUGGUGAUAGUUACUUUGGAGAAAAUAAGUUUAAAGAGGGAGUUUUCUUCAGAUAUUUGAGUGACUGCCACAUGUGAGAAGGAAUAGAAUUGUUCUAUAUUCUGGAUGGAAAAGUUAAUUGUAAGAAAUGUAAGUUUCUGCUUCCAUAUUUAAUGUUCUGUAUGAGAAUUUCUAAAUGAAAAUCAACUCUGUCCUCAAAGUGGUUCUCAAAGUCAGAUCCCUAGACCAGCACAGCAUCACCUGGGUAUGUUACCUGUGUAGACCUAAAAUUAUAGAUCAGCAAGCUGAAAAAAGCUAAUGGAAUCAGUACAGAUUACUUCAUUUGUAUAAAACUGUUAAGGGAAAUCAUCUUUUUUGUGGGGGGAGGUAAUUAGGUUUAUUUUUUAAUGGAGGUACUGGGGAUCGAACCCAGGACCUUGUAUACACUAAGUAGUCUACCACUGAGCUGUACCCUCCCCUCCAAGGGAAAUCGUUUUUAAAAUGAAAACCGAUUUUGAUCAUUUAACACUAACUUUCAACAAAGAAAUUAUAAGUUGAUGAUUGUUACCUAAUUGUUAGUGGGAGUGACGUAGCUUUUCUAAACAGAGGUGCUUCUUAGAUCCAAAACAGCCAUAUCAAUAGCAGGAAAGGAUAUUGAGGGAGCUUGCUCUAUUUAUACCUGUUAAUGUCAAAAUAACAUUGGGAGGGGAGCCAAGAACAGCUGACAGAUAAGUUUCCUCUGUCCUCUCCCUGUUUUCCUGCCACGUAAAACUGAGUGGCAUGGCACAGUUAUCACACUGACCGUAUGUCUGGUAGAAGUACUACUAGUAACUGGGACCUUUGCCUUUGUAAAGUCACUGCUGUGGAUGGGAUUUGUUCGCCUAUUGUGAACGCUGGGUACGCUCUGUCUGUGGGUACUCCGAAGAACCUUAGAGUUUCUGAUUGUCAUUUAUUUGUUCAAGGAUUCUCCAGUGGUCCCAGAGUGGUUUGUACCUAGGGUGUAUCACGUUUACAGUGUUUAUAUGUGUUUAAUUCUAAUGCAAGGUUUUGGCCAUCACACUAUAAAAAUAAUGGAAGAAAAUUAAAGGCAGUUCCCCUGAUUUUGAAAGCCAUAAUAUGCAAUUGGUUUUCCAUUAUAAAUUGUAAAUUAUAUUCAAAUGCAUAUUUCAUACUUUGUAAAGUGAGAUUUCUAACUUUGCUAGAUGUAGUCCUAUUUUUUUCCUGUCAUGCUAAUAAGGAAACCAAAGAAGCUACUGAAGGCCAAGUGUAUUCAGCUAUGAGUAAGACCUGAGUUCUGGUCUUUAAAUCUGCCAAUGUAAACUUUGGACAAUAUUUUAAUUUUUCUGACCACGAUAGUCUCUGAAUUACUUACUGAAUGUGAUGUUAUAUACAUUUAAGGAGAAAAUAUUCAAACAAGAUGAAAACUGACAAAACUAGAAUGAUAUGUGAAUGACAUAAAUGACAGACUGAAUUUUGUGAGCUUUUAAAGUAAAUACUUAGGCUCUUGAACUAGAUUUAAUAAAAAUAUUUUACCUUAACAAUUUUAUAAAUGGAAGUUUUUUUCUAAGAAGUUUUUAUUUCCAUUUAAAAUUUAUCCAUUUGAAUCUAGCACAUAAUAGACUUCAGUUGGCGUUUGUUCAACUUUGAUAAAUUGAAUUUUAAAGCAAGAAGGUCAAAAGGCAAUCUUCAUUAUGAAGUGUUUUUUAAAGGACAGGAAAGCAUAAAUCUUUCAGUAGGAAACAAAUUUUAAUUGGCUUUUUAUAUUUUCAGUUUUUGAUUAUGGAAAUCAAUGUAAUUUUAAAAGAUUAUAGAAUUUAAUAUUCCUAGACUCUGUAUAAUGCCAAAUGGCAUAAAUGGUAAUGUAAGGGAUCUGGUAAAUUUGAAACAAUUGGCCCACAAUUCUUAGCUCAUAUUUUGCAAUAUCCUAUGGUAUUUACUGUUAUUUUAAAGUGUUACAGAGUUUUUAAAGCAAUUAAUUAAAAUAUUAUUUAGCUGUUUGCCCAAUGACAUGUCCAGCCAACAAAGUAGAAAGAUACUGUGGAGAUGCUAGACGCUUUCCACUGGAAUCUGUUUUCAGCUUCGUCAGUGACUUGCUACUGGUUUGCUGGAACAAAUCAUUGCCCUUUCCUCAAGUGGAGUUUAUUUCUUAUUUACGUGUGUUAGAAUUGUAUAGUAUGACCCCUAAGGGCCUUUCCACCUUUGACUUUUUAUGACAAUAGUGAAAACACCUUAUUACUUAAUAUAUUGUACUUUCAAUUUAAAAAAUAUAUUUCACAACUUUUUCUUUCCUCUUAAUCUCAACAAUAAGUAGGCCAGACAUUACUACUGUAUUUUUACUGAUGGAGAAUGCGAGUCCCAUGCAAAUAACAUGACCUAUGUAAGUCUGCAUGGCUAGUUAGUAUCAAGAGCUAGGACAAGAACUCAGUUCUUCUGGUUUUCAGUCCUGUGUGUUAUAAAGGCUAUAUCAUGUUACUAUUCUAUAUUUUGUAUUUGGUGCUGGCUCUUUGAGGUACCAUAUUCAAAUAGUAAUGGGGUUUUGCAAUUUCAGUAAAAAUGGGAAUCGUUCAUGUAAACAUCUAUUUCGAUUAAUCAGGCAAAAAUAAAUUUCUUUUGGUGGAUUAAAAUACUUCUAAUAACUCAGCAGACUUCUAAUUGCUUUGUUGAGAGGUUUACUUUUAGACAUCCCAGUUCUGUUCUAUUGCUAGCAUCAUCAAAAUGCACUACUUCUUUGUAAUGAGACAGUGACAGAAAUGAAAUUUAAGUUACUUGUAUGUGAGACUUUCUGAUGGUGAGACUUUAUAGCAGACACUUGACUCUCACCACUUGCAUUAAAUUGUCCUGCAAGCACCAGUGACUCUGCCUUGGAUUUUCUCACCUGCACACAGGGCAGAUUGGAAAUGCCAGGAAGACAAUGCCCUGGAAGCAUCUCUCAACCAGUGAGAUGGGAAUUGGGGAUAAUUAUUCCAGUUUCCUUGCCCUUCUGGUAAUACUCUGAGGUAUGUUUCAUACUAUUUCCUGGAGUUUCCGGUAGGACUGCUCAUUGCCUACAACAGGAAACUGUUAAAUAUAUAUUCUUCAUUUUUUCCCCUCUUCUUCUCUGUCUCACUUCCCAUUCCUUUAUCAGCGUUUCCUGGCAUUACCUCCUAAAGGAAAUUCUUGUCUUUGAAUCUGGUCGCAGAAUGUGUUUCUGGGAUAAACUAAAACAUGUUUGAUUCAGGAAAUAAGUCAUUACCUGUGUUCUUGUUAGAUAUAAAGUUUUUUUUUUUUUUAAGAAUUAUUUGGGGCAAGAUCUAAAACAAGUAUUUUAAUAUACUGACUCUUUUAGUCUCAUAAUCACAUCCAUGUUCAAUUUAAUUUCCUUACUUUCAUUUCAUAACAAAGAUUCAAGGUAAAAAACACUUAAGUAAAAAUUCAAGGUAAAUAUUUUAUGUGGAAAUCUUUCUAUCAAGUAAAAAUUCAAGGUAAAUAUCUUAUAUGGAAAUCUUUCUACCAGAUCUGUUUGUCCUUUUCUUCUAAAAAAAAAUUGUAGCCUGAUUAUCCAAAUGCUUUAGAAGGACACAAUGGGUUAUCUAUUUUGUUAGAAAUUGAAUUAACAUGGAAUUUGAUACACCAAAAUUAUAGAUUAUUUUCUGCUUGGAUCCAACUUUCUCAUCUCUUAUCAGGACCUGCUUAUUCACAAUCGGGGACCAGGAUUAGCCUUGCCUAACAUUGAUUAUAAGGGUAAAUUUAGUUCGUGGCUAAUUUCCCCAAAGAUUGUUCUGUGAUCUUUAUUAAGUCAAAACUUUUUGUGCUCUUAUUAAGGAUUAAGAAAUAUGGAGUUGUCUAAUUGAAUAAGCUCUACAUUAAAUUCAGUGUAUUACCAGCCUAGGAACACCCUCAAGAAAGCAACAGGUGGGUUGUGUAGCAAAAUAGAAAUACUGAGAUUUUUGAGCGUGGGGAUUUUGUCAUGUUUACUGAAGAAUAAUAGUCUUUCAAAUAAAGAUAAUGAGGUUUAUAAAUGGAAAAUACAAGACAAAAAGUAAUAUGAAAAGUCAAAAUAUUUUAAAAAGAAUCUAAACUCUAUUGAAGUCAAACUAAAUUGGUUAUUCCUAGAAAAGAGGGUACUGUAUGUUUCAGUUGUAUUUUAUGUGUUUGGGAGCUAAAGCAUUAAAUGCCAAGAUUUAUCUGUUUCUCUACCCCCUUGUAGUUAAUUGACACAAGUAAUUCAGUAGUAUUACUGGUCUAAUUCUAGAAUGCUUAUUAUUUCCUCACAUUUAAAAAGACAUUGUUGCCUCUAAGAUAAAAAGAUGCUGAUAUGAAGAUGAAAGAUACUGAUCUGUGUCCAUCCGCAUUUCCUCUUUAUUGUAUUUCCCCCUGUAUAUUAAAAACAACAACGGCCUACUUUUAUAGUCCUGAAGAGGCUGCUUUUACCCGGGAGAAACUUUUUCAAGUAGCUCAAAAACUGCGGCUGUUAGUAGUAGGUAAUCUGUUCAUUCUUUUAUAUCUCUAGCCGUGACUUUUUAACGAAGACUGGAGCUCCGGAGAUAAUAAUACCCAUCAGCCCCAUGUGUGCGUGCAGGAAUGGUGUUGGCUAUGUUCCCCCAUGGAGGUGGUGGUUUGGGUGCUUUUUUAUGGUCCUCCCCAAAGAAAACACCCCACCAGCAGCAACCUCCUUCUUGACCUUUUACCCUCUCACUCUCUCCUUUUCCAUUUCUCCCUCUUCCUUCGUUGAAAUACAUCAAGGAAAAUAGGACCCUGUAAGUAUGCAAUUACUGCGUUUCAUAUUCUUAAUUAGCUCUUAUAACUAGUAUUAUCUCCUAACAGAACAGUCUUAACAUUAGUCAUACAGCUUGAGCUCGUUGUCCUUCAUUUAGGUAGCCCUUAAGUGUACUGAAUAUAAGGAAAAGAGUGAAGGGAAGAAAUGACCAUUUGUAAAGUUGCUGGAUUUCAUUGCUUAUGAUAAAUAAUGUUUUAAUCCUUUUCCAAGUGAAAAAAAUCUUUUAAAAGGAAAGAAAAAAUUUAAUGCAAAUGUUUGUAAACAUGUAUGUAAAUAUCUUGUUUUCUUUACCUCCAAAAAUCAUUAAUAAAAGUGGCUUUUUAGUUUCUUCUUGAA